UGCGGUCAUCCGGCGGUACCGAUGAACGCCAAGGUGUCGUUGUCCGAUGACUCCACGGCGACCGGCGCGCUGGCGACGUACACCUGCGACACCGGCUACGAAUUGUUCGGCAGCGGCAGCCUGACGUGCAACGCCCGAGGGAAAUGGCAAGGGGACCUACCAUUCUGCGGUACGAACGUCGCUUUCCGCAAACCGACCAAUCAGUCGACGACCGUACGGGGCGGAGAUGCGAGUCACGGAAACGACGGAGACUCGAGCACGGAACACGACGGGAAGAGGUGCACGGAGACCCAGAGCGAGCCCAGCCCUUGGUGGAAGGUCGACCUCCUCAAGUCGUACUCGGUAAAGGUCGUCAGAGUGACGACCAGGGGUUGCUGCGGUCAUCAACCCCUUCAGGACAUCGAGAUACGCGUCGGCAAUAGUAGCGCAGAGUUGCAACGGAACCCUUUGUGCGCCUGGUUUCCCGGCACGAUCGAGGAAGGCAUCACGAAGACCUUCGUCUGCGCCAGAGCACUGAUCGGUCAGUACGUGUUCCUACAGCUGGUCGGUGUCGAGGGCAGCCUGAGCCUCUGCGAGGUCGAAGUGUUCGCCGUGGACGAGUUCUCGACGGACAGGUGCGCCUACGCCGGGACGCCAGCUGACGCUGAUCUGGCAGCGUUCAAUUCCACCUGUUACGAGUUCGUAGUGAAGAAGGGUGGAUCCUUUCAGGAGGCUCGAAACUACUGCCGCACGAGGGGCGGCGAUCUCGUCCACGGCUUCAAGGGCGCCGCGUCGGUGUACAUACUGAACAAUCUCGAGAGGCGAAAGGACAAGCUGAAGACGCAGCUGGUUUGGAUCGGCGCGCAGAAGGAGCCUCUGAUCACCGCGCGAACGUGGCGAUGGGUCGACGGCGAGAUCGUGCAAAAACCUUCCUGGGGAAAGGACCAGCCGAACAAUUACAAUGGCGAGCAAAACUGCGUGGUGCUGGACGGCGGUCGCAGUUGGCUUUGGAAUGACGUCGGUUGCAACCUUGAUUACUUGCACUGGAUAUGUCAGAGCAGACCACCGACCUGCGGUAGCCCGGAGAAAUCCGCGAACACGACGAUAGUAGGGGUGAAAAGGACCAUAGGAUCCAGCAUAGAGUACGUCUGUCCCGACGGAUACAUGCUGAUCGGCUCGAAGAGCAGGGUAUGCGAGCCAAGCGGAUUUUGGAGCGGCGAGCCGCCCACCUGCAAAUUCGUCGACUGCGGCCCUCUGCCGGAACUGGAGAACGGUGCCAUCACGCUGGUUGAUAAAAGAACGACGCACGGAGCGCUCGCCGAUUACGCCUGCAAAGAGAAUUACACGUUGCUCGGGGACGCGAGACGCAGAUGCGGAGACGGCGGUAUUUGGAGUGGACAUAAACCUCAAUGCUUAUUCGAUUGGUGCCCAGAACCGCCGCCGGUGAAUGGCGGAGUUGUCACGACCACUGGGAGGCGAGCCGGAUCCACCGCCACUUAUUCCUGCCAAAACGGCUUUAUCUUGUUCGGUGAUAAUGUUCUCGCGUGCGACGUCGGAGGAGAGUGGUCGGGCAAAGCUCCCCAAUGCAAGUUCGUCGACUGCGGCGCACCCGCUCAAAUCGAAUUCGGCUCCGUGACCUUGAUCAACGGCACCACCACGGUGAAAAGCUGGGCGGUGUAUUCGUGUUUGGAGGACUACUGGCUGGUCGGUGAGGCGAGACAGGAGUGCACGAAAGAAGGGAAAUGGAGUCACGAUACGCCGUCGUGCGAGUUGAUCACGUGCGAGGAACCCGAGGUGCCAGCAGGAAGCUACGUUGUCGGGUACGAUUUGAAUGUCCACAGUUCCAUCGAGUACCACUGCGAAGCGGGAUACCUGCUUCAAGGGGAGGCCAGGCACACGUGCGGCAAAGACGGAGAGUGGACCGGAGAAGUGCCCACUUGCGAAUACGUGGAGUGCGGCAAAGUUUUGCCGGUGCUGAGCGGGUCCGUGGAAUACGUUAACGGUACAACUCAUCUCGGAAGCGAAAUCACUUACAGUUGCACGAGGAACUACAGGCUGAACGGUGUGACGAGGAGAUACUGCCUGGACAAUGGUCAAUGGAGCGACGCGACUCCGAAGUGCGAAGAGAUCCGCUGCCCGGAGCCCGUUUACGCGGAGCACGGGAUCCUCUCGGUGACCGGGAACGACAGAAUGUACGGGAGGACGUUGAUUCGCACCGGAACACCGGAGAACUCGAACACCGGCGCGACUUCCUACAAAAUCGGCGCUCUCGCCAAGUAUCGCUGCGAGAGAGGGUACAAAGUGGUCGGGGAACCUCUGUCCACGUGCGAGGACAACGGGAAGUGGAGCGGCGAGGUUCCGCGAUGUGUCUACGUCGAUUGCGGCAAGCCCGAGCAAAUCCAACACGGGAAGUACACGCUCACGUCGAACGCGACUUACUACGGGGCAGCUGCGCUCUACGAGUGCGAUGGUAACUUCGAAUUGGACGGAUUCGCCAGAAGACUGUGCCUGGAGAACGGCACUUGGAGCAGUGACACGCCGGUUUGUAAAGAAAUCAGGUGCAAGGAUCCUGGAAAGGAGGGAGUACUGUCCACGCAAGUUUCGACGCACAGCGUGGGAGGCAUUGCCCACUAUGCGUGUCCACGUGGAUACUACAUGGAGGGAAACGAAAGCCGAGUGUGCUUGCAGAAUGGCUCUUGGAGCGGAAGCGUGCCCGCCUGUUUCUCCGUCGAGUGCAGGCAUCCCGGACCCAUAGAAAAUGGAAGAGUAAUCGUGGUGAACGGGACCACAACCUACGGCGGGACCGCAGAGUAUCAUUGCCUACCGCAGUUCGAGAGAGUCGGCCCGUUUCUGAGGAAAUGUUUGGACACUGGAUCUUGGAGCGGCGAGGAACCCAAGUGCGAGUUCAUGCCGAACGAGGUUGCGGAAGCGCAAGGCGUGGGUACCAGCGUCGGGAUUGGUGCUGGAGUCAUCAUAUUUAUAUUAAUUAUUAUCGGACUCGUUUACCUAAGACUGAGGAAAGCUACGCCGGUGAAGAACACGGAGAACGUGCAAGCUGCCGAGAGAAAGGAGGAUCAGAACGCCGCUGUAAUGUCUUACGCUACGCUUAACGAUGGAACGCCUAACGCUAUGUACGAAAAUGUUCCGGAGGAUGGCCUUUACGACAGCCCUUACAGCAUAAGUGGCAGCACUUAUGGGUACGGCACCAACGUUAGGAGACAUUACGGGAGAUCCGGACAUUACGAGGCAGAACCAGUUUCAAACAGAAACGGCAUCACCAUCAAUGGCGUGUCCGUGCGAUAGCCUGUAAACUAAAAUAUUCGAAUUGUCCCCCAGAAUCAGGUAUUAUAAUAUUUAUGUACAGGACAGAGAAGUGGGAGACAACGACACGCGAAACAUUGUUGCCUUUAUUUAUAUUAUUAUAUUCGGCGCAUCGCCGAUUUAUGUAAAUAAGUAAAGAGGAGGUACGCGAUAAUUAAGACUCCGCGCGAAAUUCCCGUGAUCUUUCCGCGGCGAUGAAAGAUGCGGUUACGAUGUUUUAUGGAUUCGCCUGUCACUUCGGCUUGUUUGUACGCGGUGAAAAAUUUUUCGAGAUUUCAA